AUGCAACCACACGGAGAAUGGAGAUGUGCAUUUCGGGGAGGUCCUCUCUGUCAUGAAUGUGACGGAUGUGGCGAGGUGCUGAAAGAGGAAGCACAGCUUGUUCUGCUGCCACUGAAGAAUGAAGGCAGCCGGACCACCGAAGGCAUGAUUGGAAACUCCAGUCCGUUAGCUGCAGUCCUGACUGUUGUGUCAACUGUGUCUCUAAGUCUACUGUUUCUCCUUUGUAUGCGCUGCAAAAGGAAGUCCAAGGUCAUACAUGAGGGGCAACAGGAAUAUGACCCGCAUACAUUCCGUCGUGGGGGAAGUGUAUUUGCUGUGACGCAGUCAAAAACAGUGACCAGGGCCAAUCAGAUAAACUCAGCCACAGUUGAAAUCCAAGAAGACUUCUCACCAGAUUCAGCAGAUGACCAGUCGGACUAUGAAAAUAUCAAAGAACCUGAUACACCCUGCAAUGCUGCACCUCAAACAGGAAGUCUGGAACAUACAUAUGUAGCUCCACUACCGAACUCUGUGUAUGAAAAUGAAAAGAAUGAAAUAGAUAUAGAUGAAGCUGAUCAGACGCAGGGGGUCUACGCAAACUUUAUCCAAUCAUUGCCAAUAGACGAUGAUGAUGAAGACAGCUAUGAAAACGCUGGAUACCUGGAACAAGUUAGGCAGAAUGAAGAAGAUUCAGAUGAACCUGAUUAUGUGAAUGAAAGCUGAUGUGGGGCACCAGAAAACAUCAGUGAAAAGAUGCAAACGGUCUGUUGUCUAUAGCUGAAAGUACAGAUUUUUUUUUUUUUUUUUUUAUUCCUGCUGUUUGUGAUGUGUAAUGUGAUAUGAUUUUGUGCACAGCUGUGAGAAUAAAAACUCAUGAACCUC